GGUGAGCGGUAGCAGUUGAUUACUUUGGCUAUUGCAAGUUGCUGACGAUGGAGUCACAGUGAGGACUAUUAAGUAAUGAAAGGUGACUUGAUCUUCUGGGAUGUCAUCAGCAGAAAGAAGUGGAUGUUGUUAUAGAUUUGUUAUAAAUUAAUUUUUAUCUUGCACUGUUAAUAAUCACUGUGAACAGUCAUCGUAGAAUGGAUACCUUUGGUGGCCUCCUUCCUCCCAUGGUUGGAAAUGGUGAUACCGCUAGUUCACAAGAGUUACAAAAACUUCUGAUUGAUGAAAAAAUGCGAUGUGAGCACCAUAAAGCAAAUUAUCAAACUAUAAAAGCAGAACAUAUAAGGUUACAGGAGGAAUAUACAAAAUCACAAGAUGAACUGAAACGGUUGUUAGUUGAAAAGCAAACUGUACAUGACAAAUUUCAGUUUCUCCUUGCUGAAUAUCAAGAAGAGUUGCUGGGUAAAACACAAGAACUGGAAGAACUGAAGAUGCAGGUGCUAACUCCUCAAAAAUUAGAAUUGGUAAGAGCACAAAUGCAGCAGGAACUGGAAUCUCCUAUGAAGGAACGUAUUAAGAAGCUAGAAAAUGAAGUGGAAAAAUAUAGAACAGAGUAUAACAAACUUCGUUACGAACAUACCUUUCUAAAAUCAGAAUUUGAACAUCAAAAGGAUGAACAUGCCCGUAUUUUGGAGGAGAAGAAAAUAAAAUAUGAGGCUGAGAUAACACGGCUGGAUAAAGAUAAAGAAGAACUCCAUAAUCAGCUGCUUAGCAUUGAUCCGACAAGGGACAGUAAACGCGUGGAGGUACUCUCCAGAGAAAAGGCACAACUACAUCAGAAGUUAAAAGGCUUAGAAGCAGAAGUAGCAGAACUAAGAGCAGAAAGAGAAAACUGUGGUGUACAAGCAGAAAAUAUUCAAAGAGUACAAGUACGACAGUUAGCUGAGAUGCAGACUUUGGCAAGGUCUCUAGAGGCAGAAAAGAAGUCAGCUGAACUACAGGUUGAUCGCAUUGAGAAGGAACUGCAGAUGAGUCAUGAGCAAAACAUUCUUUUAACUAGCAAACUUCACAAAUCUGAACGAGAAGUAAAUUCCUUAGCUGCUAAAGUAGAAGAACUUAAACAUUUACAUAAAUUAGAAGUAACAAAUAUCAAACUGGAGGCAGCAAGAACAAAGAGUGAGAUAGAAAGAGAGCGAAACAGGAUUCAAAGCGAAAUGGAUGGAUUGUUGUCAGACAACGAAAUUCUUAAAGCAGCUGUUGAACGCCAUAAGGUGCUUUUAGUUGAAAAGGAUCGGGAGCUAAUUCGUAAAGUGCAAGCUGCUAAAGAGGAAGUUUUUGAAAAAAUUGCAGCAUUACAGGAUGAAAAGUUAGAACUCGAGAACAGAUUAGCUGAUCUAGAGAAGAUGAAAGUUGAACAAGAUACUUGGAAGCAAUCUGAAAAGGAUCAGUAUGAAGAGAAACUGCGUGUUGUACAGUUGGCAGAAGAAUCUAGCAAAAAGGAACUUCAGCGACUGCGAUUAAAAAUUCAACAGCAAGCUAUUCAGACAGAGGAGUUAGAAGAGAAGAAAACUGAAGCUGCUGAUCUAAAACAGCAAAUUCAUGAUCUGCAGCUCCAAGUUGCCUCACUUGCUCAAUCGGAAAAUGAUUUGUUGGAUUCCAAUCAAAAGCUGAAAGAAAUGAUAGAAAGGUUAAAACAAGAAUGUCAAAAUGCAAGGAGUCAGGCAGAAAAAGCUCAACUGGAAACAGAGAAGACUUUAGAAUACAAACGUAUCGAAUGGCUGGAGGAGAAGCAUGAACUUACUCAGCGUAUCACAGAAAGAGAAGAGAAAUAUAACCAAGUGAAGAACAAGCUAUGUCGAGCUGCUGUUGCUCAAAAAAAGAGAAAGACUCUCAAUGAUAAUAAACACAGGAGGAUGCAAGAGAAACUAGAACUUUUGGAAGCCAAGAUAGAAGAACUAGAAAAAGAAAACCAGGUGUUAAAUAGGCAGAAUGUUUCCUAUGAAGAAUAUACACGCCUCCAGAAGAGACUAAAGGACUUGCAACGUAGACACAAUGAAUUCCGGAGUUUAAUUCUGAAUCCUAACAUACCAUCGCUCAAUCCAGUCAGUAUAAUGUCAUCAUCUGCCUUGCCUCCUGGGCCUGAAGUGUCCUUUCCCCUUCUUCAGGAGGAACAACAUCAAAGGGAGCUUUCUCUGCUUCGCAAGCGGCUGGAAGAACUAGAAACGACACAAAGAAAACAGCUGCAAGAGCUCGGACCAUCAAGAGAGCGAGUAAUGGUGGGAGCAUACAGAGACUUAGCUAGAAACAAACUACCUGAAGAAGAUGAUGCACAAAAUGAGGAAUCUAAAUAAAAUGUGCAAACUCUACCUACUGUUAGUUUUCAAUAGCUUAUUUUUUGUACAUGCUUUUAUUUAAUACUUUGCCAAAAACAUGCUUGUAUGUGCCUGAAUAGCAUAAAACCUAUCCUGCAUAGUUUUGUAUUUUUCAUAGACAGUAGGAAAUAAUCAAAUACAAGGAUUCAAAACAAAGGAAUCUAGGAGUAACUCCAUUUUGAAAACCUUUUUAUAUAAAAUGAUAUAAAAUCAUCUGGAAGUCAAAACAUAUGGAAUAAUCUUGUUGCACAAAACUUUUAAGAACGUCUCUCAAGGUUUGGGUUGUGCUGAUAUUUAAAACAUAAAUUAAAAUCAACUUGUUUGGAAAAAUCUUUUACAACAUCUUUGGUAAUAUUAUCUUACCUUCAGUGUAGAAGUUACUGUAUCAAUGUGGAGUUUUGCUGGGUUGCCAUUUGGAUUUUUAUUUUUGAAGUUCCCAUGCACACAGACGGGAUGAAGUGUAAUGGAAAAAGUGAUGAAAAUUUUGAUUUUCUGUUCUUGACAAUGUGCCUCUUGUGUUUUUACAAAUAUAUUAUAACAGGAAGAAGCAAUAAUCAGGUUCUUAAAAAUAAUGUAGUAGAGAUUAAGUAUAACAAAUUGCCUUCACAUUAUGUAAAUGUAUGUUUGUAAUUGUACUGUAAUGUGUCUGUUUACUUAACUACAG